AAGAGAGAAGGAGGGGUGGGGGUGGUGGGCAGACGAGCGACAGGAGCGGGAGGCACCGAGAGUUUGGCAGCGAGAUAAAGAAAUCCCCCGAGAGCGACGGCCGGGCCGGCCGGAGUGGCACGUUCCACCCCGAUGUAACCCAUCCUGCCCGAGCCCCGGCCGCCGCACGGCGGGCGGCGAAACUUCUCUGCGGGUUCUGGCGCUGGAGCACCGGCCUCGCAGCGACUGCCCGGGCUGCGGGUGGGGAAGGAGAGCGGAGAACGUCCCAGGGUGAUGUGAGCAAAGCCCAGGAAUGCCUUAUGUGGAUCGACAGAACCGAAUCUGUGGGUUUCUGGACAUCGAGGAGAAUGAGAACAGCGGCAAGUUUCUGCGGAGGUACUUUAUUCUGGACACCCAGGCCAACUGCCUUCUCUGGUACAUGGACAACCCCCAGAACCUGGCAAUUGGAGCAGGAGCUGUUGGAUCUUUGCAGCUGACCUACAUCUCGAAGGUGAGCAUAGCUACACCAAAGCAGAAACCAAAAACUCCAUUUUGCUUUGUCAUCAAUGCCCUCUCUCAGAGGUAUUUCCUUCAAGCUAAUGACCAGAAAGAUCUGAAGGAAUGGGUUGAGGCCCUGAACCAAGCCAGCAAAAUCACCGUUCCCAAAGUUGGGAGCCUGCCCCUGACUACCGAGGUUUUGAAAAGCCUGGCAGCUCCCGCAGCCCUAGAGAAGAAGCCGCAGGUGGCCUACAAGACCGAGAUCAUCGGAGGGGUGGUGGUACACACACCCAUCAACCAGAACGGUGGGGAUGGACAGGAGGGGAGCGAGCCCGGGUCCCAUGCCAUCCUUCGAAGGUCUCAGAGUUACAUCCCCACAACAGGCAGCCAUGUUCCCUCCGGGCCCCACAUUAUUAAGAGCGGCUACUGCGUGAAGCAAGGGAAUGUGCGGAAGAGUUGGAAACGUCGCUUCUUUGUACUUGAUGACUUUACUAUCUGCUAUUUCAAGUGUGAGCAGGACCGAGAACCACUGCGCACUAUACUUCUCAAGGAUGUUCUUAAGACCCAUGAGUGUCUGGUCAAAUCUGGUGAUCUCUUAAUGAGGGACAACCUGUUUGAAAUCAUAACAAGCUCCAGGACCUUCUACAUCCAGGCGGACAGUCCAGAAGACAUGCACAGCUGGAUUAAGGAGAUCAGGGCAGCUGUCCAGGCCCUCAAAUGCCACCCCAGAGAUAUGUCCUUUUCUAGAUCCAUCUCUUUGACUCGCUCUGGAAGCUCCAGCCUGUCAGGUGGGCCCAACUCUGCCUUGUGUCGGGGGCGGCCACCUGUGGAAGAGAAAAGAGCCCUCUGCAAAGCCCCCUCUGUGGCUUCCUCCUGGCAACCCUGGACACCUGUCCCCCAGGCUGGGGACAAGCUGCUUCCAGCUGAAGAGACUCCUGGGGACUCUUUGUUCAUGCCCCGACUUGGGGAGAGCAGUACUUCUGGGGUGUUGCCCAGCUCCCGGAUAAGGCACAGAUCAGAGCCCCAACACCCCAAGGAGAAACCAUUUCUGUUCAGCCUUGAUGAUGAGAGCAUACGGACUUCUGAUGUGUGAUAGGGCACGGUGCCCUGGGAGGGGGAGGACUCGAGAAAAGAAGGUCAUGACUCAGUUUCCCUACCUUUUGGAGGAAAGCCAGAGACCCUUUGGCACUCAUAUUCCUGUGGAUGCUCUGUGGGAGGGACCCAUUCUGCUGGCUUUUUUUUUUUUUUAAUAUAAUACAGGGUAUUUAACUUGGAAAAUCACUAGGUUAGAACUGUCGGCAUGCUCAGUGGAGAGUAGAUUGCCUCGAAUUUGACCACUCCAAGGUCUUCCUGGGUGAGAGGAGGUUUGGUAGUGCAGUUUCAUCCCCAACUAAGUUUUAUUUCCAUGUCCUAGUUACAGUUUCUUCCUUCGGUGUCCAGGCCAGGCACAGAGGCUUGGGCAGUUAUCUGGCUUAUCCUAUUCCUGUUUAUUGGCGGGGGUCUGACUGAGAAGUAGGAGGGUGGUGGCUAACCCGGAUGAAAGCAGCAGACCUCGGCUCGGGCUUGGCUGGGAUACGUUCUGAGGGGAGGUGCUAAGAUCUGGGGGCAGGCCGGCAGCUCUCAGAAUGUCCACUAGGGUAGAUCCUCCCAGGGGACCUCCCUGGGGAAGACAUAGGGAUCUCUUGUAAGGUAUGGGGAAAGAUUCAACCUCAGUGCAUCAGCCAGUUUGGGGAAUUACUCUGUUCUUGUCUCUGGCCCCAAAUCAUGUCAGUGUGAGUGACUGACCUGCCCACCCAGUUUCCGUGUCAGGCCCCGAAGGUGGGUUUAUCAGUGUUAAAAGUUACGACUGUUGAGAAUAGGGCAGACAUUUCCAUUGAUGUGGCCUUACUUGGAAGUUUGGAGGGUUGAUAGGUGUAUGAUAAUUGGCCUUACUUGGAAGUUUGGAGGGUUGAUAGGUGUAUGAUAAUUCACUUGUGUGAUAGAUCAGAUCUCUGUUUUAGAAUGUUAGAAUUGUUUUAAAGCAGGUGCUGGGAAAAGAUGGAUUAUAGUUCAUUCAGAUAAACUUUUCUCAUCCAUGUUUUCCAGACAGAAGAAAAGGUCUGUUUUAGCACAGACAGGUUUCUUGAAUCCUUACUUCACAGCUCUCUUCAAUGGGCUGAUAUUAGUCUGAUGUUAAGUGCUGUAUAUUAUAUACCCUGGCAGGUUUGCUUUGUUUCUAACUCUUUCUGUUGUCCUCUGAAUGAAGGCUUGAGUACUUGCAUGAUCACACUUCGUAAUACGAUAAGGUUCCAUGUACUUAACAGUGAAGAGAUACAAGGAUAAUCCUGAGAGGUAUUUAUAUUUUUAACAAAAUAGAGACUAUGCAUAGAAACAUUGAUUUAGAGGCUCUGCAUCGCUGACUAAAGAUUUCCCAGGUAGAAGAGCAUAGAUUGCAUUUUCCACCCAAAUUUCUACCUUCUUUUAUUUGACAAAAGAUACCCUCCAGGGUCCCUGGGAGAAUUUGUCCAACUUAAUGUGGUUUACUGCUAACUUACCAGGGUUCCCUAAAGGGAGAGAAAAACUAACUCAUUUCUGUCUAUACCUUUUAUCAGCUAGAUCAAUUAGUCACCUUUAAAUUAAAAAUUAAAGACUAGAGGAAGAUACUGAGAGAAGCAUUUUUACCUGAGUCAAUCCCUUCCCCUCCUUAUGUCCAGAUGUAAUGCAGAGGUAAAAACGUGUCAUCAGCAACCCCUAGGGGCUGGAGGGAAAUUGUUUCUUUAAUGCAGUGUAGUUGCCUUGAAGUCUAGGUCAUGUUGAGAACUUUCCUUGACUGCACUGCAUUGGAGCUAUUCUUUGCUUAAAUUGUUUGGCCUAGUGGUCCUGGUAUAAAAAAAGACAUCUAUUGGAUCUCUCUCUCUCCUCCCUCUCUUUUGCAGACUCUUGUAUACUUUGUCCUCAGAAAUCUGUGCUUUGCGAGUUAAUGAUUCAUGGGUGACCAAGGUUACAGCUUCAGUAGCCAUUCCAGAUUCUUAAAGCUCCUCAUCUCUGAUUUCACCUUAAAAUUUUCCUUAAGAAAAUUGUUUGGCUAGGUCAAAGGCACACAAUAAAUGAUAGUGUGCUAGCAAAAAUAAAUUUGGAACUUUUGAGGUCCCUUUAAACAUUCCCGAACUCAUGAGAGCUGUCAUCUUUUGGUGAAAAUGUACCCAUUUCUCUUUUGUUAAGUAAACUCUCUGCUAGAAUACUACUGCUAAAUUAACUGGCCAUUAUAGUAAGCUGAUAUGUUUCUCAUUCAGUAGGGUCUGUUUUAAGAAUGUGAGUUCAGUAUACCUAUAAAUGUAGAUUAUAUUACUGUGGUAGAGGAAAACAAGGACUGUAGAUGGCAAAUACUUGGGAAUCCCGAGUGAGAACAUUGUUAAUGUGGUUCUGACACCGAUAAAUAGAAUGAUCUUCAGUGGCACCUAAAAUCAUUCUCAUUCCCAAGCCUUAUUUCAGAAUUCCUUUUGUGUCCAUAUUUCUUACCAUCUGACCAAUUUCACAUCAUAAUUUUUAAUGUCCCCACACAUGUGAGCCCAAGAUGGUGCAUAUGCAAUCAAAGUAUUUGGCUUUACACUUUUUAAGAUGUUUGUUUACUUUUGAGAGAAAAAGA